CCAGCAGCUAAGUAUAUGCAAUUAUGUACUGUACAAAACCUAACUUUCGUUCAUCACAUCAAUUUUUAAUUCUAUCACUAGAUGCGUAUAAUUGGCGCUACUCCGGAAGAUCCGACUGCAAUUACUUGAGUGUUCCUGACGUCGUCGUUGAAACUGAUCAAAGUGCUGGAACAGGAAUACAAGGAAAGCCCGUAACAGAUUUGCUUCGCUCAAAGAUAGGAACACUGACUGGUGUAGAAUAAUAUGCAAUAUGGCAACUGACAUUGCUCAUACUAAAUAUUACUUUUCACGCUUCUCACUGGCCGACAAAUCCGAGUGAACUCACCUCGGGGAGGCGACCGUUUGAGAUGUCAGAACACCGUUCCCGAGCACCUGUCGCAUGCCAGAACUGUCGUAAACGCAAAGUACGGUGCAGCGUAACCGUGACUGGACUGCCUUGCGUAGGCUGUACUCAGGAUCGUAUCGAGUGUACCGUUCCGCCGAGAAAACCUCACCCUCCGCGACGUAACCGUUCAUCUGCUGCCCGCCGUAUUCCUUCAAGACAGCCCAAUUCUACAGUCUCGGAUGGGCUUGAUAAUAGGCCUCGUUCGAUUGUCUCCCCGGAGUCGAUCAGGAGGCUUCCAUUAUUGGCUCCGAGUCAGCCCCCAAUAAUAUCAAAUAGAGAUGAUCGCAUUAGCAACACGCUGCCUACAGAAGACCGACUCAGCGUGCAGGAAGAGGAGCGCAAUGGGAUGGACAUUGCGACGGCAGCAUUAGAGCAGCCACAGAGAGCGGGCCAAGUUCCUUUCUAUCCAGGUGAACAGACCGGGAUCACAUCCGUUUUCGAGAUCUGCCUACCACAACAUGCUCUACCUAGGCACCUUCUGGUACCUUUGCGUUCCUCAUAUACUAUAUCGCAAGAAGACCAGGACUACCUCAGAAGCAAAGGCGUUUAUACAUUACCGAGACACGACUCUUGCGAGUGUCUUUUGAAUGCGUACUUGCAUCAUGUACACCCUAUUAUGCCAGUCGUUGAUAUCAGUGUCCUGAUAAAUCACCAACAAGAAGGACGCCUGGAUCAAUAUAACCUCUUACUCCUGUGGAGCAUAUUUUUUGCAGGAGUCAAUUUCGUCCCCGCACGCAUUUGGGAACAAGAAGGCUAUAAAUCACGGAAAGAAAUGAAAGCCACCAUGUACUAUCGGGCAAAGUGCAUGUACAACAUAGGGAUCGAGAGAGAUAAAAUCGUGCAAUUGCAAGCAUCUCUCCUGCUGGGAUUCUGGCACUCAGACUUGGAUGAAAUUACCCAACCUUGGUAUUGGACAGGGAUCGCCAUCAACCUGUGUCAGAUGCUGGGACUCCAUCGUGAUCCGGAUGCGAGUCGAUACAACUCGGCGAUAUCGGAUGAGCAACGCCGUCUAUGGCGCCGUCUCUUUUGGAACUGUCUCUUCCGAGACCGCUGGUUGAGCCUGACUCUGGGAAGGCCACUACGUAUUGUUCUAAACGAUUGCGAUACUCCCAUGCCAUCAGCUUCUGAUGUUCUGGAUGACACCAAGAGAAUAUCUCAGGUCGCGGCGAAUACAUAUCUCCCAAGCGACUUUGCGCAAUUAGCGCAAUACUGGGUCAAGCUUGUACAUCUCAGUAAGCUGUUGGGCGCAACAUUGACGAUGAAUUAUCAACUCCUUGGGCCGACACCGACACUUCAUCAAGUGGAAGGCCUCGAAGGCGAAAUCCUGCAGUGCAAGGUUCCAGAACAAUAUGACCCUGGACUGAGUCGACUUGCGAUCUUCUAUAUGUACCACGUACAGUUACAUUAUCAGGCACUACUGAUCACGUUUUACCGGCCAUACAUAACCAAGACCCCCGUCGGCCUCCAUGAUCUCCAUCAGAAGGAAUGGCACCACAUGAUACGACUAAAAGUCGAAUCAGCGGCUUCGAGAACGAAUUCUAUUUUGGACAUUAUGGCCCAAGACAAGCUCCUGGAGUUUGCUUGUCCUAUGACAACGCCCUUAUUGAUGCCCGCCAUGCACACACAUCUCAUGAAUUGCAAAUCUACAGAUCCUCUCUCGCAGCGUUUGGGUCUCAACAAGCUUAACAUGUGUAUGAUGGUGUUGCAGGAGCUACAGGAAACAUACGUUGUAGCUUCUAUAUAUCGGGGCGUCUUCUCGAAAGCGAUAAAACAACUAUGCCCGGAAUACGCGUCAAGUAUUCCCGAAGAUGUCAUUCGACCACCCACAGCGGAAUAUGCAUCUGCAGAGGCAAGGAAUGACGACGGGGAAGUCAUAGAUACGAUGAUUUCUGAUGAUCUUAUUGAUUCACUCAUGGACGAGGCAUCUAUAUUUAGUUUAUGGGAAAGCUGGAGUCGGAUGUAACAUAGAGUAGAUAUUUACUUGGUAUUCAGACGGCUCAUGAUUAGAAGGCCUUUUACGUACAAUAAAUGACACAAGAUAAUCUCAC